UGUAAUUCCCCAUUGCUAACGACGGCUCCUCAUAUUAGCCUAGCCAGCUAACUCUACAAACAGAAAACCCAAAAUGUGUGCUUUCAAUUAACGUAUAACAUUAGGUUCCGGAAUAAUAUAGUGGUUAAGAUGUAAGCGAAAACAGAGCACGUGAAUUUUUCGAGUCGAGGCGGUAUCCGUUAGAUCUAUAUUUUAUGUACUGUUGUCAUGCUAGCAUUACACUCUAGAGUUUUGCUUGAAUGCAGUUAGCAGCGAGUUGGACUCUUUUUGUUUCUCGUUAAGAUUAGAUUUUCACCGAACAAGAGCGGAUUGUGUCUCAACUGCAAACUCACGAGUUAUCUUUUUGUAUAGCGAUAUCGAUUUGUGUUGACACAUGUUAGGUAGCGCGUUUCAUAAGCAGCUAGGUAACGCGCUCCUCGCACUGAUUCUACUGGAAAUGGUGAGCGUUUUGUCCUGCUUUGCGUUUUGUCCUGCUUUGUUUAAUAUGUAGAGUUAAGCGUGGGUUUAUUAUCACCGUUGAACACAAUGCUGUUCAGGUUGGUGUUUGAGUAUAGUUUUUAUAAAGUCCUUUUUAGCCAGCAAGCUAGCAACUUUGUUUUAGCUGGUGUGUUUGGAAACCAGAAAGCUUAGUAAGUGUAUCCCAUUUACUGACAGCUUGUCAGUUUCAGUGCAGGCAGAUGUAUUAGUAUGUCAGCCAAGUAGUUCUGUAGAUGUCAUGUGUUUAACAGAGUCUGUUUGCUUCAUACGUGUGACUACGUCAGGCACAUUAUUAUCUCUGCAGUAAUUUUUUGGCUCUCCAAAUGAAUUAGUACCUAGACAUCCUGUUUUGUAAUGUAAUGACAUUUACAUUACUGAAAGGCUGCAUCAGACUGAUUGGUGCUUCUAUUUUUCCUCUGAUAGAGCAUCCGUUAUGUAAUAUAAAGGUAGACGCUCUCAUGUGCCCAUGGAGAAGGCGGCUUUUGAGGGGUGGCUGGAAUCAAUUUCCACCUCCUUCCUUUCUCUAAAUGACCAGCAGCGCAACCAAUCUCUGGACUACCUCAUCUCACUGAGUGGUGCCGCCCAGCUGCGACACCUGUCCAAUGGGCUGGAAGCGCUGCUAAAGCGAGAUUUCCUGCGUCUGCUACCAUUAGAGUUGGCCUUCUACGUGCUCCGCUGGCUAGACCCACAGACUCUGCUCACCUGCUGCCUGGUGUGCAAACAGUGGAAUAAGGUCAUCAAUGCUUGUACAGAAGUCUGGCAGGGUGUGUGUCAAGACCUUGGCUGGCGCAUCGAUGAGUCCAUCCAGGAUGCAGUGCACUGGAAGGGUGUUUAUCUGAAGGCCAAACUGCGCAUGAAGCAGCUGAAAGAGGAGGAUGCGUUUGAGACUAGCUCUCUCAUUGGACACAGUGCUCGUGUAUAUGCACUCUAUUACCGGGAUGGGCUCCUCUGCACAGGUUCUGAUGACCUGUCAGCCAAACUGUGGGAUGUUCGGACAGGGCAGUGCAUCUACGGCAUCCAGACACACACUUGUGCCACUGUCAAAUUUGAUGAACAGAAACUGGUUACUGGGUCUUUUGACAACACAAUUGCAUGCUGGGAAUGGAGUACUGGUGCCAAAAUCCAGCAAUUCCGAGGACACACUGGGGCAGUGUUCAGUAUAGACUACAAUGAUGAGCUGGACACCUUGGUCAGUGGCUCUGCAGACUUCACUGUAAAAGUCUGGUCCAUGUCUACUGGAACCUGUGUCAACACUUUUACUGGGCACACAGAGUGGGUCACCAAGGUACUCCUUCAAAAAAGCCAAGUGGAGUCCAUGAUGCACAGUCCUGGUGACUACAUACUACUGAGUGCUGAUAAGUAUGAAAUCAAGGUGUGGCCCAUAGGGUGUGAAAUCAACUGUAAAUGCUUAAAGACCCUGUCUGUAUCAGAAGACCGCAGUGUCUGCUUGCAGCCACGAUUGCAGUUUGAUGGCCGGCAUAUUAUAUGUAGUUCAGACCUGGGCAUCUACCAGUGGGACUUUGCAAGUUUUGAUGUUCUCAGAGUCAUCAGACCACAUCAGGACCCCUCUAGCCUCUCCCUUCUCAGCUUCGGUGAGGUCUUUGCUCUACUUUUUGACAACCACCACCUUUAUGUCAUGGACUUAAGGACUGAGGUCAUUGUGGGUCACUGGCCACUGCCAGCCUACCGCAAAUCCAAACGUGGCUCUAGCUUCUUGCCAGGUGUUACCUCCUGGCUAAACGGACUAGACGGCAAGAAUGAUUCGGGCCUAGUGUUUGCUACCAGCAUGCCUGACCAUAGCAUUCAUCUGGUUCUUUGGCGAGAAAAUGGGUAGAGGAGAUGAAUACAUGCCCUGUGUUUUGAAAGCAGCUGGGACUUUUUAAAAACACAACAAACAAAAAAAGAAAAAUGGGUGCUCUUGAUUUGAAAAACUUACAGCCAACAGAGUUAGAUAAUGCAUGGACCAAAGUGAUUUUCCCUUCAUUGCCUUGGUUGUCUUUUAAGUUAACAUGCUUCACUCUCUCUUUCUUCAGACCACACAUUCAACCUGCAUUCACAUUUGAAGAUUUGUAGUACGAACCAUGUCUUCUACCAUAACAUGAACAAUCCAUGGAUUUUUUUCUUAAGAUUUUUGAGAGGCUUCAAUCUAAGCAUCAGAAGUUUGGCUUCUUUUACUGUCUGCCCAGUGAAAGUUAUUUAGAAAGGUAGUAAAAUGAAACCGCAUCACCGGAGCACCGAUUGGUCCACAGCAAGCAUGGCAAGUAGCAUUAGCAUAUAUCUAUAGCACAAUUACAACAUUGUCAGUGGAGUACUUCUUGUUUGAGUGUUAUAUUUUCAACAAAAUGGCAAUUUUUAGAGGUUCAAACAUUUGCUUUGGACACAGAAGGAAUUUUGCCUUAAAUCCUUGAUUUCCUUUGAACAAAUUGAUUUUGCAGACCUCUGCAUCUGUGGGCGCUGGCUUGCAUUCCAAACUGUGUUUUUCAUUUGUCUGAGUCUUUAAAAGCUCUGAUAAAAUGCUGUCUGAAUGAAACAAAUGAGUUUGCAUGAAAGUCAUUCAGAUGUGGCUUCUCGCUGUUACUGACACUUGGUUUUAUUUUUCACUCCUCUAAUUAGUCUUGUGCCUUUUUGUUUUAACACUUAGCCAUUUACAUUUGGAAUCCAAUGUUACAAUCCUCCCUCAAUGAGAGAAAAUCAGUUUUAUGCUUUGUUUUUUUGUUUUUUUAACCUAAUGUAACCAACACUGUAAGAAGUAUUCUUUCCACUAUUUAGCCAGACUAGAUCACUUGAAAGUGUUUCUUGAGAAUCUUAAUGAAUGUUCAUUUUUAAUCUUUAUUUUUAAAGACUGAUCUUAUUUUUGGGGUUAAUGGUUAAAUGCUAGUUUUCACUAUAUUGCUCACACAUUUCAGUGGAUAGACACUGGGUAUUUUAAACCUAAUUAGCUUAAGCAUUUGAUGUAUCAUUGGGAGGUGUCAAUGUAAGCACUAGUUGUGUUACUUUACUGAAAUGCAAACUUCACUGCUGCAAUCACUCAUGCCUCCACAGCUAGUAAUGUCAUCCAUUCAUAAUUCGCAAAAUUCAGGUCUGUUGUUUGUAUAACAAAAUAAUAUGCUGUCUUUCAAAUAAAUGACAGUAGCUAAUGUUAGAAGUUGAUGUUUUCUGUUGACUCCUGAAUUUGCACUUUGUUCUUAUGGAAUAUGUAAUAUAAUCUAUUGCAACUAAUAUAUCAAUUCUAUCCAUCUCUGCUUGAACAGAACCACUUAUUUGCUGAAAACCACAUUGGUAUUCAACAACCAAGCCUAUUAUACCAGGAGCUUUCUCAUGCAAGGAGGACUGUUUAGUCAGUUUGCACACAAGAUGGCAGUAUAAGAACAAAC